ACGCCACACAACAGCACAAUCUCACCCGAAGCCUCUGGAAAAUAUGCAUCCUAACUUGGUAGGCUGGCUGGGGACUCUGGGGGUCCUGCUGUGGGCUCUGCUCUGCCUGGGAGCCCUGACGGAGGGAUACCCGGUGAAACCCGAGAACCCCGGGGAAGAUGCUCCUGCAGAGGAGCUGGCCAAGUACUACUCAGCCCUGAGACAUUACAUCAACCUCAUCACAAGACAGAGGUAUGGGAAGAGGUCCAGUCCUGAGAUUCUGGACACACUGGUCUCAGAGCUGCUGUUGAAGGAAAGCAGAGACACAAUUCCACAGUCAAGAUUUGACCCAUCGUUGUGGUGAUGCUGUCAUCAGUGUUGGCUCUCACUCACCCCCUGCCUGGCCACUGCUGAUACUCUGACAGUUCAACUCCUCUGACAACCGUUAACCACUCUUCCUCUGCUCCUUUGGCCUCUUAGAGCUGCCGGCCAUUCAUCAGAUACGGCCAACACUGCUUAUAGUAGGUGCCAUGAAACUGUAAAUAGUUUAUUCGGAGUCAUUGUCUGUGAAACAUGUAAGGAAACUUGAGCGGGGCAUGUUGAUUGCAUUGUAUAUUUGUGCUAUUAAAGGUUCACAGUUUGAAAAAAAA